AUGCAGCAUGCAGAACGAAAGUCGUUACGACUCCGAAGGCUGGUUUCGUUCUGGCCAUCGUUGGCGGUGGCGAACAUGACCUCGGCUCUCGUGGCUCGAGCUCUCGGGGAUUGUCCCUUGGUGCAAGCGCCGCAAUGGGGAAGAGUGAGGGAACGAGUCCUUAAAGAUGGUACUUUACAGACCGUGUACUCGUGUGAACCAGGCCGUAGAUUGAAGGGCCAUAAAAUACUGACUUGCACCGCGGACGGUUGGAAUCAUCCCAUCCCGAAAUGCGUGCCUCACGACAACAGAUUCCGACACUUUCGCACCGAUCUGUAUCUCGGCGAUGAUCCAAUUUCAACGAUGGCGGGGGAGGAGAGGGCGGCGAGGGAUCGGGUGAGGGCGCGCAAGAGGAUCGGCGAGCUGAAGAAGCGGAGGAAGGCGAAGGAGAGGAGGCAGAGGAUGAGGCAUGGGGGCGAGAAGUCGGCGGUCGAAUCGCCUCCGGCUUUGCCACGCGUUGCAUUGAAUGAAACAAUAAUGUCGAGGCUGGAUCUGAGCUGCAUCAUGAAAGCUCGAAGGAAAGGAUUUACCAAAGCUCCCCCGGUCGAAAACGCGUAUCCCGCCAAGUAUGCCAGAAGGAAGAGCGUACUACCGCCGUACAAUCGAUACCUAGUGGCAGUUUACGAGUGCAUCGAGGGAUACGUUUUCGAGGACUCGACGACUGAUCGACUUUUCUGCAGCGAUGGCGCUUGGUUAGGCGCGAUUCCGCGUUGCGUAAAAGUGGAAGAAGCGACACUCAAUAACGUGAAACGUUGCAAUCAGGAUCGAGGCGGGUGCGAGCAUGUGUGUGAAGAUACUCAAACAGGCGUGAACUGCUCGUGUUUCGAUGGAUUCCGCGUCAAAGGAUCUUCCUGCAUAGACAUAGACGAAUGUGCCGAAAGUAGAGCUGGUUGCGCUCAAAUUUGUCACAACGAUCCUGGUUCCUUCCAUUGUGAAUGCCAUUCUGGUUAUAAAUUGGGAAACGAUAGUAAAUCGUGUCUGGACGUUAACGAGUGCCUGGUGAAUAACGGGCACGGGCCGUGCCAAGGCGCUUGCAUCAAUCUCGAAGGGAGCUACGAGUGCAACUGUUCCGAUAUUCCCGGCCACAAAUUGGCCGCGGAUAAUCACACCUGCGAGGAUAUCGACGAGUGCUCGACCAACAACGGGGGAUGUUCCCAUGUUUGUUUGAACACGCCUGGAAGCGCUUUUUGCCUCUGCCCGGACGGCUUUUAUCUGACCAACGACUGGAAAACUUGCCAAGAUGUGAAUGAAUGCGAGAACGCAUCCAAGGUUUGCGCGAACAAUACCGAUUGCGAGAACACCGUCGGCUCGUUUAAAUGCGUGAGCAAGCCCCAAAAGAUGACCAAAGUUCUCCAGGACGAAGAUUACGACGCGGAGGACGACGAGGACGAUGACGAUUACGACGAGGAAGAGGGGAUCACGGAAAUUCCAGAUUUUGGCAAAUGCGAGGACGGCUUCAGAAAGAACAAAAACGGCGAAUGCAUUGACAUCGACGAAUGCUCGGACGAGGGAGAGCUUCCCGGCUGCGAGCACGAGUGCGUGAACGAGCCAGGCGGUUACUACUGCACCUGCCACUUGGGUUUCAAGCUCGGAGAAGACGGCGUGUCGUGCCGCGACAUCGACGAGUGCAAAGAGGGGGUCAAACCGUGCUCCCACGGUUGCAACAACACCGAGGGCUCGUUCGAGUGCCACUGUCCAACGGGAUUCUCUCUGAAGGAGGACAAUCUCACCUGCACUCGGGCGAGAAAAAGUUGCGAAACACUGGCGACACCUUGCUCUCACGAGUGCCAAGAGUCGGAGGGCGGGCCGAUGUGCGUUUGCCCGCGAGGUUAUCGUAUCCACGAGGACGAGGUGAGCUGCGUGGACGAGGACGAGUGCGCUCUGAACCUGUGCUCUCACUCCUGCGUGAACUUGGAAGGUGGGUUCGCGUGCACCUGCCCUCAAGGUUUCGAAACGUUGGACAAGUUCAAUUGCACGGACGUGGACGAGUGCGCCAACAACGUCCACGAUUGCGAGCACGAGUGCGUGAACGUCCACGGGGGUUACGCGUGCGGCUGUCGAUCCGGGUUCACUUUGAACGACGACAACAGGACCUGUUCGGACGUGGACGAGUGUCUGGAGGGUGGUCACAAGUGCGAGCAGAUCUGCGUGAAUUCCGUUGGGAAUUACACUUGCUCUUGCAGGGAGGGUUACCGGUUGUCGGACGGAGAAGGCAGCUUCUUCGAUUGCGUGGACGUAAACGAGUGCGACGAGGGGCGGCACGGUUGCUCCCACGAGUGUUCGAACGAGGAGGGUGGAUUCGAAUGCGGUUGCCCGUUGGGUUAUGUGUUGGGGAACGACUCGAGGACCUGCGAGGACGCGAACGAGUGCCUGGAAGGGACUCACCAAUGCUCCCACGAGUGCGUGAACGUUCAAGGGUCGUACGCGUGCACCUGCCCACCCGGCAUGAUCGCGUCGGAGGACAAAAGGCAGUGCGUCCCCGUCGACCCGUGCCAUUUCGCCAAUUGUUCCCACGUGUGCGAGAAGCAUCGGGACGCUUUCAAAUGCAGCUGCCCCGAGGGUUUCGUCCUCCAGGGGGACGGGAGAACUUGCCAGGAUUUCGACGAGUGCCUCGAGAACGAGCACGAUUGCUCCCACGAUUGCGCCAACACGUUGGGAAGCUACGAGUGCGUCUGCCCCGACGGUUUGACGCUUCUGCAGGACGGCCUCACGUGCGAGGACCCGUUGUGCCCGGAGGGAUUGCGGCGGGACGACAAGGGCAGGUGUCGGGACAUCGACGAGUGCCUGGAACGAAGCCACGAGUGCUCCCACAUCUGCGUCAACGAGCACGCCUCAUAUCGUUGCUCCUGCCUCCCUGGAUGGGCCUUGUCCGACGACGGCGUCACCUGCGUCGUUUCAGACCCCUGCUCCAACUCGUCCUGCUCCCACAUCUGCCUCCCCUACGCCUCCUCGAGCCCCGCGUGCGAUUGCCCUUCGGGGUACAAGUUGGCCGCGGACGGCGCCACCUGCGAGGACGUGGACGAGUGUCGAGACGGGUCGGCCAAUUGCAGUUUCUCGUGCAGGAACGACGAGGGGUCGUACGCUUGCGAGUGCCCGCAAGGGUUCGAGCUCGGCGAGGACGGUCGGAGUUGCGUCGACGUGGACGAAUGCGCGCAACCAGAUCACAAUUGUCCCCGAGAAUGCGUCAAUCUCGAGGGGACUUACGAGUGCGUGUGCCCUGUCGGACACGUGUUCUCGAAAACGGAGCUCGCCUGCGUGGACAUAGACGAGUGCGCGACCGCGCAACACGCCUGCUCCCACGCGUGCACCAACACCGUAGGCGGAUACGAGUGCACUUGCCCGACCGGGUGGAGCCUGAAACAGGACUCGAGGAACUGCUCCCCCUCUACCGUCCAUCGCAAUUGCUCGCACGCGUACGAGCGAGACGGCGAGGAGAUCCGUUGCGGUUGCCCCGAGGGGUUCGAGCUCCAGGACGACGAGACCACUUGCGGCGACGUCGACGAGUGCGCCGAGGAUCCUCCCCCUUGCGCCCACCGCUGCGUCAACACGAAAGGAUCCUACCGCUGCGAGUGCCCUCCCGGUCUACGGCUGAGACAGGAUCGAACAACCUGCCAGGACAUCGACGAGUGCGUCGAGACCAACAAUCGUGGGGGUUGUUCCCACGAUUGCUCCAACACCGAGGGUAGCUUUCGCUGUACCUGUCCUCUAGGGUACGAGUUGGUCGAGGACGGCAAGACGUGUCUGGACGUGGACGAGUGCGUCCUAAAUAACAACGGGGGUUGUUCCCACGAUUGCUCCAACACCGAGGGUAGCUUUCGCUGUACCUGUCCUCGAGGGUACGAGUUGGUCGAGGACGGGAAGACGUGUCUGGACGUGGACGAGUGCAAGAGGAAGGAUGUGUUCCACGGGUGUUCCCAUCGGUGCGAAAAUUUGGACGGUGGAUACGUUUGCUCGUGUCCCGAGGGCUCGGUCCUUGGACAGGACAAUAGGACGUGCACAGUGGCGGCGUGCGAGCAGGCGCACAAUUGCAGCCACACGUGCGUGAACGUCCGGGGUGGUUACGAAUGCGAGUGUCCCACAGGGUGGGAAUUAAGCUCGGACGGUCGGACGUGCGAGGAAAUUGAUUUUUGCGCCGGUGGACACGGCUGCUCCCACGAGUGCGUGAGCGUGGCGGGUGGCGGGUUCCAGUGCCGGUGCCCGGCCGGCUAUGCUUUGUCCAAGGAUAACAGGAGCUGCCUGGACAGGGACGAGUGCGAGGAGGCGGGCAACGAGGUGAGCAACGGCUGCUCCCAUUCCUGCGUCAACACGGAUGGGAGCUACGAGUGCGGGUGCCCGAAAGGGUAUCGACUGGCAGGCGAUCGAAAGACCUGCGAGGACGUGAACGAGUGCAUCGAGGACAACGGUGGAUGCUCCCAUCUGUGCGCCAACAUCGAGGGUGGCGUCGAGUGCGCCUGCCCGGAUAAUUACAAACUGCUGGAGGACGACGGGAAGACGUGCGUGGAGAUCGACGAAUGCCUGAUCGACAACGGUGGUUGCACGCAUUUGUGCCAUUACGAGAACGGCACCGUCUCCUGUUUCUGCCCGCCAGGCAUGAUUCUCGAGGACGACAAUGCCACUUGCUCGGAGGAGAACAAGUGUUACGCGGAUAACGGGGGUUGCUCCCAUUAUUGCAGCUACGAGGAUGGCAGGGUGGCUUGCUCCUGCCCAACGGAUCUCGUAUUGUCCGAGAACGGAACCGUUUGCGUGGGACGAAAUAGGUGCUCGGAGGGGAACGGUGGUUGCUCCCACGAUUGCCGUUACGAGGGAGGAGAGACGUUUUGCCUGUGCCCGGACGACAUGAUCCUCGCGGAUGACAAGCUUCGUUGCGUCUACGCGAACAAAUGUUUCGUGGACAACGGGGGCUGUUCCGACAUCUGCUCCUUCUCAAACGGGUCCGUCGCCUGCGAGUGCCCGUCCGGGUUCAGACUGUCGGAGGACGACAACGCUACCUGCGUGGACGUGGACGAGUGUUCGGAAUUGUUGGACAAUUGCACGCACAGGUGUACGAAUACGGAGGGCGGGUUCGAGUGCGGGUGCAACCAAGGAUUCAAAGUGAGCCCCGUCGAACCCGCUUUCUGCGACGACGUGGACGAAUGCGAGGACUCGAGCGCGGGAUGCUCCCAUACAUGCGCGAACUUGGUAGGAUCGUUUCACUGUACCUGUCCAACCGGAUACGUGUUGGAGAAUGACAAUAAAACUUGCAGGUUGAUCGACGGUUGCAAGCAGAACAACGGAAACUGUUCUCAUCAUUGUCACCACGAGGAAGGUAGCGAGACGGUACACUGCUCCUGCCCUCUAGGAUUCAGAUUGAAACAGGAGGAUCAGAGAACUUGCGAGGAUAUCGACGAGUGCGAGGAGUUCGAGAAUGACGUGGAUCUAGGCUGCUCCCACAUCUGCGUCAACACGGAAGGGGGAUACUAUUGCGAGUGCCCCUCCGGCUACAUCCUGUUGCCGGAGAACAAGAAAAAUUGUAUCGACAUGAACGAGUGUCUCAACGAUCGACACAAUUGCAGUCACGACUGCUUGAACCUCUUGGGGAGCUACGUGUGCACCUGCUACGAGGGCCACUACCUCCACUCCGAUAAAUCCACUUGCCUGGACAUAGACGAGUGUCUGGAGAGGAACGGCGGCUGCUCUCAUCAAUGCACCAACACUAUUGGCGGCCAUUUUUGCUCCUGCCCAACCGGUUACGAGCUUUCCCAGGACGAGAAGACCUGCGUCGACGUCGACGAGUGUAAAACGGAUCUGGCCGAUUGCCUCCACGAAUGCGUCAACACUUUGGGCUCGUGGAGGUGUGCCUGCCCGGACGGCCACGCGCUUGCCAACGAUUCCAAAACUUGCGUCGACAUAGACGAGUGCAAGCUGAACAAUGGCGGCUGCUCCCACGCGUGUUUCAACAUCGUAGGCGGCGUUAGGUGCAACUGUCCUAUAGGAUUGCGGCUAGACGGGAACGGUAAAACGUGCAACGACGUGGACGAGUGCUCGACGGACAAUGGCGGUUGCUCGGACAUCUGCAUCAAUUUGGAAGGUAGUUACUCCUGCCAGUGUGCCAACGGUCUCCACCUUCACACCGACGCCAAGACUUGCUUGGACGUUGACGAGUGCGAGAUGGAGAAUGGAGGAUGCUCCGACAAUUGUAUCAACGUGCGUGGCAGUUAUCGUUGCGAGUGCCCCGCCGGUUUCCAAUUGAAGGAGGACGAAAGGACUUGCUCCGACGUGAACGAGUGCGACGAAGAUAACGGUGGCUGCUCCCACGAAUGCGUCAACGAACUUGGUGGCUAUCGAUGCGAUUGUCCGUUCGGUCACGAGUUAAGGAACAAAUCGUGCCACCCUGUAGAUCCGUGUGCCAAUAACAACGGCGGCUGCGAGCAGAUUUGCGCCGCGAAGAAUGGGACGGUUGUGUGCGGUUGCAAAGAAGGCUUCCGCCCCGAUGAGAACGAUCCCCCGAGGUGCAGAGAUAUCGACGAGUGCGCUGGCUCGCGACACGGAUGCGAUCAGUUGUGCGUGAACACCGUUGGAUCGUUCGAGUGCUCGUGUAACCAGGGAUUCGAGAUGCAGAAUUCUACCUGUGUUGAUAUCGACGAAUGCGCCACAAUGGAUUGUAAAGGGUUUGAGUGUAUCAAUUCUUACGGCAGUUAUCGUUGCGAAUGUGACAUUGGCCAUCGAUUGGAAGGCGAUCAUUGCGUAGAUAUAAAUGAAUGCGCGUGGAACAACGGCGGAUGUGAGCAUGACUGCAUUAAUACAGUCGGUUCCUAUGUAUGCGCUUGUCGACCUGGAUAUAUACCAAGACGAAGAAAUAGAAACCAGUGCCAAGAUAUAAACGAGUGCUUGAACCAUAACGGGGGUUGCAACGGUGGAUGCGUUAACACAGCCGGAAGUUACUACUGUACGUGCAAUGGCGACCUCGUGUUGGCUUCCGACGAGAGAACUUGCAUUUCAGCGGAAUCGAGAUGCCGUGCUAUGGAACCACCCCUGCAUGCAGAAAUCAGAUGUCCAGGUCAUUCUUCCGGGGCAAUGGAUUAUCCUGUUGGAGCCAGAUGUCAUAUACAAUGUCGAAGAGGUUUCAGGCUGGAGGGGCCGCACACGAGAUACUGCAUGGCCGGGGAUCAAUGGAAUGGGAAGGAACCGACUUGCAUUCAAGCAUCGAUCGUGACCGAUUCCCGUUACCAUUCAGACAUGCCACGACCGUUCGUCAGGUGUCCCCGAGACAUGGACGUGGAACUACCCGCAAGGCAGAACACGAUACGCGUCUCUUUCCCUCAGCCCAAGUCCAACAUGAACUGGUGGAGGUACGUGGACGCUUCGCCAUCAUGGGCUAAGCAAUUGCAAGCGGAUUUACCAGCAGGUACGACGGUCGUCACUUUCACAGCAUGGUCGCCCGUUUCGAAUUAUACUAGCACGUGCAGGAUAGUGAUCCGUGUUCGAGAUACUGAGAAUCCAAAAGUUUCGACGUGCCCGACAUCCUUUGAAGUGCGGCUAAGCCCUGGCGAGCGGAAUCGCUUAAUAUUCUGGCAGGAGCCAACGUUCACCGACAACGUCGGCGUCGAACGGGUCUACAAAACGAGGGAACCCGGACAACUGAUGUACCCCGGCAUUCACAACGUGCGCUACAUCGCUUCCGAUGCAGCCGGAAAUCGAGCCGAAUGCCAUUUCUCGAUACACGUACGAGAAUCCGAGCAUCGCCGAGAUUCCGAGCCGCGAUACUACAGAAGAAGGAUGUUGAUGUGCCCCGGAAGAUCACCCCAGCCGAUACCGUCCACCGCUUACGGGUGGCAGAUACCGAGCGGAUGUUACCUCAGAUACACGAGGAUCUUCUCGGGGGCGUAUGCUGUUCAGAACUAUCGAGGGCAGAGGCAGAAUGGUUAUCAGGAGGCGAGGGCGGCUUAUCAUCAAGUUCAUCCUGUUCACCAAGGGGGCCAAGGUCAAACUCAACUGCACUCCACAUCCUAUCCUCUUGGAGACUAUCAGCACUCGAGACAGUAUCAGCUUCAACAAUUGCGCGAGCAACAGCAGCGACGUUCCUCGAGGACUGAGCAAUCUUCACCAAUGGCUCAUUACGGUAGAGGCCGUGUCGAGACGAGAAUAUUGCCGCGGCGUAAAUGCUGCGUGUAAAAGAAUCGGCCACCGAUUGUUCUUCCACCCAACGAGGGCCGCAAUAAAGCCGAAAGUAACUUAGCUAUUGAAGAGAGAGAGCGGUCUGCGGCUCGCGCAUAAAUUAUGUCAAGAGUUCCUCUCGUCGAAAGAAGUGGGGGAUAAGGAGGAAAUGAGAAGGUAGAAGAGAGGAGGCGUUACAAAGUUCGUUUCUCGCUUUUAAUUAAGUCUAAUUAAAAUCGGAUCGAUUUCGAUACGAUCUGUACCAUCAUUUCCUUCUUUCGCCUCGAGACGAUCGAGUGAUCGAUGAUCUUUGAUUCGAUGAUUUUUUUUAACCCUUUGCGCAAGUUCAACCAGUUGCGCGAAUUUCAAACGAAGAUUUGAAACGAUUCGAAUUUAAGGGGAUCGAAUUGAUUGGUGAUAGAAGAUGGUCUAUGUUUUUUUUGUUUUUUUUCUAUUAGUAAUUGGAUUACUUAAAAAAUGGAAUCCAAAAAAGUUAGCUUAUUUUCCAUUCCAAUUUUAUAGAACAGAUAUUUACUAUACAAGCUACUUGUAAUUAACUUUGUACGGACUAAUGCUCUUAACCUACUUUUCUGACAAUCGUGAACUCGAAAGUUAAUUAACUUUAUAUUAUUUUUUUAUUCUUGUGUUUUAACUUUGAAACGAUUAAAAUCAAUUAUACUUCUCCAAGUGCUUUUAAGCAAAAUUUCUAUUUUGUUUUUAAUCGUGAUUUCAUUCUGUUGUAAUAGUCUUAAAUUGUACACAAUUUCCAAUUUAAUUCUCUGAUAUUUAAUUUUAUUAAAUAACGAAUAUUUGUAUCAUCUUUCAUCGCCAAUAAAUUAUAAACUUUUUUUUUUAAUUCUUUUUUACGAAUUCUUGAUAAUAUAAUAAUUAUUGACAUCACAAAUUCAAAGAUUCAUCUACAAAGAUUACGAAUUUCAAAAUACCAUAUGAAAAAUAUAUUUGUACAUUCGUUUUACUUUUUAUAACUAUACUUAUUACUAUACUUACUACAACUUGACCAAGCAAAGUGAAAAUUUUUUGAAAAAAGUAAGAUCAAAGAAUGAAAGAAAAAAGAUCAGAUUUGAGAAAUAUCCUAAUUUGUAAUGUUUAUGGUCUCUAUCAUAGCCAAUUAAAUCAACGAAGAGAAGCUAAGUGCCUUAAAUUGAAACUAUUUACGUGCCUUAAUCAAAAUUCUUCCAAGAUCCUAUUAUACGAGUUCAUGAAAUAAUGAAGAUUAGUCGUAAAAUAAUUUCGAAAAGUUCAUUAAAAAUUUAAUUUUAAUUAAAUAAUUCUCAUAACUAAAUGCUU